AUGGGAAUAUUGUCAUUUGAGGACGAUUGUCGUCGGAUGGGAGAGAUUCGUAAUGUGAUGCGAUCGAGGAGCGGAAAGUUAUUAAAUAGAGGAGACAAAGGCAUUAUUCCAUUUGCCGUCAUUGAGCAGGAAGACUGUCAUAUGAUGGAAAUGUGUAGUUGUAGCUAGUAUGAUGGGGUAGAAAAGGAUACGACAGGUGUCCCUGAAGCAAAUGGCGCCCCAUUUCCUCCUCCUCCUCCUCCUUUUUUCACCACCCCGUUUCAAUUUCAUUUUCCUUUAAUGAAGAUGAGGAUGAAGUUAGCGUUUGUAUUCAACAGUGUAUCGAUGAAGCGACGAGUUAUGUUAAUGGCAAAUCAAAAACCACUCAUCAAUUGUCAGUUAUUAGCAGAAAUCAUAAGCGGUUCACCUUCGAUCGGUUGA